CGGGCGAAUUCGAAUGGACACCGGCAGCGGGCGGAAGGCGAUGGCGCCAUGCAAGCACAAACGCGCGCUGGGCUGGCGGAUCGACAUCGUAGAGUACAUGCAGCGGUCGUAGCGCUACUCUAGGAGCAGAGCAGAGCAGAGGAGUAGACGGCGCGCUCGGCCCCGAGGGCCCGCGGCGACGAGCGGACGGACGCCCUCUAAGCUCAGAAUGAGCGAGCGCAGCGUCGUGGAAGCCAAGACUCCGAUCGCCUUCGUACUUUGUGCGCCUGUGUGUCCGACGAGGAUGAAGAGAGGACUGGGGGAGAGGAAUGUUGUCGUAGGAGUGUCGUGCUUCGGUCGAUGAUGUUGUCGUCGUCGUCGUUGUCCUCGCUGAUGCUGCUGCUGCCAAGUGAUAGCGGAGGAGGAGGAGGAGGAGGGUGGGGUGGAGGUGGAGACCCGCGGGCGGGAGAGCGUUCGGUGCCGCUGACAUGCAGGAGAAGGAGAGGAGGAGUCGCAAGGGCGGGCCAGUGGAUCAGCGAGACGUGGUCGAGGAUGAAGACGGGGCCGUGAGCUUCGAGCGACGCCGAGGGCGAGAGAGCGGGACUUAGAUAGAUUGCUCGACGCUCGAUAGCGACUCGGACGACCGCGGGUCGAGGCCUUGGACGCCCGGUCGGAGAGCAGCCAGGGCACGAGCUUCGUAGCCAUCGAGGGAGCGGUGCUCGAAGGAGACGGUGUUUAUUUUCCUCGUGUGGCAUAGUGCUCUCUUGUAAAUGAAAUGACAACCGGUGGUGGUGGAGGAGGAGGAGGAGGAGGAGGAGGGCUUGGGGAAAUUUUAGGGGCAGAAAGUAGGAGUAGAAUAAGGUGGCCGAGGUGAAAGGAGAAAUAGCGGGGAAAGGGAGGCAUGACAGGGCUGCAUUCGCUGUCCGAUGGAUUGCAUACAUCCGAUGGAAAGAAGCCAGAUGAUGAUAUAGUCAUGGAAGAACGCGAGGGGCCACGACACGGCCGAGUGUACAAAAAGUCUAACUGGACAUUGACGGAGCUCCAGGUGCUUCAGACCGCCAAACGUGAGGACCAAGAGAAGCAACUGAAGGCUGACCCCAAGGAAAAGCACAAGUCUGCUGCGGAGCGAUGGCAGUGGAUAGAAGACUAUUGCUGGGAUCAGCGCGUCGAGCGAAGCGCACAGCAGUGUAGGGAUAGAUGGGAAAGGAUGUCUGCGGACUUCAAGAAGGUGGGAGAUUUUGAAAAACAGGUUCCCAGGGGCGGCACUUCUUACUGGCAGAUGACCAUAGAUGACCGGAAAACCAAGAAAUUACCCUCCAAUUUUCAGCAAGAAAUCUUUCAUGCUUUGGGGGAAUGGUUUGUCCGGAGUCGUGCUGUAGAUCCGAACGACAUCGUGAUCGACACGUCAGUGCCUUCUCCUUUGCAGGUAAAUAAUGCCUGCGUCAAUUUAGUUAGUAACGGAGACAAUUCAUCCUCAGAGGAGGGCGAAAGCGAUCCUCAAGAUGGACCGACUACGUGCAAGAAACGGAAGCUGCCUCCAGGGGUAAAUGCGGAAGGAAUAGCAGCCAUAAUUGAGAGGGCGAAUAUGGCUACUCAGAGGACCAUGCUGGAAUGUGAGGACAGGAAGGAUCGGCGCCACAAGGAAACGCUGGAGGCGAACGAGCGGAUCGCUUCCGGUUACAUUUCAGCGCUGGUAAGCAUAGCAGACGCCCUUCGUCAAUUUGCGACAAAUAGGGACGACAGAGAGUAAGAGAGAUGUGUAGUUCUUCUUGGAGCAGCAUGAACAUGCACUCACUCACUUUCAAGCAU